AUGUCUGAGAAUAAAGAGAAUUAUGUACUAUACCAAGAGCAAAUGAUGAAGACAUAUGAACAAAUAAAUGAAAAAUGGAAAGCUUUAAGUUACAAAAAAGCUAUAAUUUCAUUGAAGAAGCACCCAGCAAAGAUCAGUACAUUUGAGGAAGCUAAAAGUUUAAGUGGUGUAGGAGAAAAACUAGCAGAAAAAAUAUGGGAGAUAGUUGAAAGUGGCAAGCUGAGGAAAUUAGAUGAACUGUCUGAAACAGAAGAGGUGACGUCACUCAACACGUUUGUCAAUGUUUGGGGCGCCGGACCGAAGACUGCACAAACUUGGUUUGCUCAAGGUUUCAGAAGUCUAAAAGAUCUUGAAGAGAAGGCUCAGUUGACAAGAUGUCAAAAAAUUGGAUUGAAAUAUUAUGAUGAGCUGAUUGAAAGGAUGGAGAGAGCCGAAGUCCAAAAAAUUGAAUCUGUGGUACUGACAGAAGUCAACAUAUUGAGACCAGGUUGUGAGUUGGUUGUGUGUGGAUCAUACAGGCGUGGUCAAACAACUUGUGGAGAUGUGGAUAUUUUAAUCACACAUCCUGACGGCUCUUCUCACGUCGGCUUGUUUGAUGCUCUCAUCGGAUCGCUCACUGAGACAGGGUUUCUGACGGAUGAAUUGAUCAUUGCUCAUAACGGACCUCAACAAAAAUAUUUGGGGCUGUGCAAAUUGCCAGAAUCAAAACACCGUCGUAUUGAUAUAAUUGUGACUCCUCACAACGAAUUUUACACUGCUCUUGUUUACUUCACUGGAUCAGGUCAUUUCAACAGAUCAAUGAGGCAUAUGGCCUCAAAGAUGAAUAUGUCUCUCAAUGAACAUGGUCUCUACACUGGAGUCACAAGAAACAAUGGUGUAAAAGUGUGCUCAGGCAGUAGUCUUCCGAUAACUUCCGAAGAAUCCAUCUUCAAAUACCUUGGAGUACCUUUCAGACCUCCCGAAGAACGAGAUUACUGA